AUGCUGAUGGAACAUCACCACACUCAAGGACGAUCUAGCUGGACGUCCUCAUUGUAUUCAAAUGCUACAGACACGUCCAGCAUCGCUUUACCAUUUGAUGGACUACAUUUAUUCGCCUAUUCGAACAAUGAUUUGCUCCGACCGAUGGUCGAAGGAUCCUCGAAUUUUAAGACAAGUGACAAGCCUUUAUCAGAGUCUGCAAUUGUCAUACACGUCAAGCGAGUGACAGACGAGAAACGACGAGCAAAACAUCGAGAAGCUCAGCGGCGGUUUGUGAAUCGGAAGAAGAUCAAAAUGACGCAAUUGAAGCAAUUGGUGGUCGAGCUGGAAAAACGACACUUGUUACUGCAGGCAGUCAGCGAACAGGAGAUGUUGGUACGAGACAAUUGCGCUUUAAUAAUGCAGAUAAAUUUGCAGAAGAAGAACAACCACGUGGACGAAGACAAGAUAAAGGAGGAACAUGGAAGUGGGUGGAAGGUGCAGACAUUUGAGUGGUGA